CGCAUCUUCAUUUUCUUCGACGGCGGAGUCGUGAAAGCUCGGACUGCUGGCUCUGCUUCUGAUCCUCCUGGUUCGGCUCCGUUCAAGGAAUCAAGCGAACGCGAUCGUCCGGGCUUAAUUUGAAGUCUCCUAGCGACGCCGAAUCGUAUACUGAAAGGGAAGUCCUGGGAGUUACGGAUCGAUGUGCUUGUGAUCAGCGGUCUGCUCGUGCUGGGACGUGGAGUGAAUAAGUCCAUCGAGAGUGCCCAGUGAGGUCGAGGCAGUCCAAUUCGAGUAUUCCAUCCUUGAUCUUGCUGUACUAGUAACAAGAUGGAUGAUAGAGCGCAGGGUGAACUGGUAGAAUCGGUGGACAGCUACUGGUCAGAAUGGGCAAGAGAAACUGACUUGCCCUCAUAUGGAAGGAGCGUGGACGAAGAAGCUUCCGAUGACAUCAACGUGCUAUUAGUAUCGGAAGGACAUAACCUGGCAUCAUCAUUGGGGUUAGGUUCACACAGUGGGGAUAUUCGAAUGCAAACCACUGACAUAUCACAGCAUCAUUCUAGCCUUACGGAGGGAAAUUCUGUUUCUCAUUCUUUCCCCAUACUUGCAAUCAGACCACCGGCUACUGGGACCGGCUCUGGUGGUUUUGCAGGAGUCGCUACUUGUGGCAUUGCCGCAGCUAAUAAGGAUUCUUGCAGAGGUACUCUCUGCGGUGUAGAGGAGCCUCAUGCUGUGCAGAACUGCGAAACAAAACAUUUGUUUGAGGCGACGCAGGUCAGCUACCACCUUCAAAGAUGUGAUAAUCUAUUGGACAAAUCGUGGUCGGAAAGGGAUGAUAAUAGGUCAAAGAAGAAGGGUGUUGCUGAUGAUUUGUUGGAUCAAAAAUGGAGAACAAAGUUUGGACAUAGAGUUUCUGAUGUGUACAUUGAUUCAUGCAAUUUGCUGAGCGAGAGAAAUCGUCUUUCCACUUCACCACUUUAUUUUGAGCAGCACACAACUGCUAAUACAUCAAACCAGAGGUUGGAUGAUGCUAUGCGUGUUGAUUCUUGCCAUUCCAGAUCAAGCUGUCUCCAUCAGACUUACUCAUCUGAUGUUAUCCAUGAGCAAAGUAAAAGAAAUGUCCAGUCUGAUUUGUCAACAGAUUAUUGUGGCUUUGAACCUCACUUGCCAGUGCAAUGCAGCUAUGAAGUAGGCAAAUCUGCACCUGAGAAAGUGCAGCGAUUAGUGGAUGAUGUGUCAAAACCGAGGAACAUUAUGAUUAACUCCUCAUUCAAUAGCUUAUCUGGAGAAUCCUUCGCCAGUAUGGGGCAUGGCUGUAGUUCACCGAGUUCAUCUCAUUCUCUUGGAAGGGCUUCUACUGUGCUUAGCAAAUUGUGCGGGACAGAAUCAGUGCCAACGGAACAGGCCCAUUUGGUGGUCAAAGCAAUGCACUGUUUGUCAGAAUUGUUUCUCUUUCAGAGCUCCAAUGGUCCAUGGGACUUAAGGGAUGAAGGCUAUGAUAUCCUUCUUAGAAGUGUGAUAGAUAACCUCAGUGCAUCUCUGAAACACUUCCAGCGAGGUACUGAAAGGCAAGAAUUACCAUCUUCACCACCUCGUCGAGCCCAACUUUUUGGAAAACCGACUGCUCAAGUAAAGAGUGUGAGAUCAGAAGAGCCACAGAUAAGGAGUGUCCAGGCUAAUUAUCAGGGUCAAUCCACUCUUCUGCCCUUCUCUGAGGAGAGAAAACGUUAUCUUGCGCAAGGUGAUCCAAAUAAAGUUGAUUCAAUGCUUUUUGCUAGCGAUGAUCUCGACAAUGUUGGCAAUGAUAAAAUGACUCAGGCCAUCAAGAAAAUUCUUAUAGAUAAUUUUGAUGAUGAGGUGGAACCGAAUCUGCAAGUUCAAUUGUUUAAGAAUUUAUGGCUCGAGGCAGAGGCUGCAUUAUGUUCCAUGAAGUUCAAGUCUUGCUUUAAGCGUGUGAAGACGGAGAUAGAGAGGCUCAAAUCCUUUCAAAGAGGUGAUUCAUCUGACAACUCGUUAUUGAGUUUGAAUCCCUCCUCCUAUUCCCGGGCAGAAGACAAAUCAGCCCUUCAGGCUGGGUGUCAUGCAACCCAAAACACCACUACCCAGUGUUUCCCUGCCCUGAGAGCAGGUACCGAUAUAAAAGAUAUUAUGGCCAGAUUUAACAUUUUAAAGGAGCGGGGCUUUAACUCAGAUGUCAUCCCUGCCGGAGACAAGGUGGAAUGUGUUAGUCCUGAGAAUUCUAAAUUGGGCCAUAACUCAAAUGAUGUUGUGGCCAGAUUUAAUAAUCUCAAAGGUUGGGACUUUAUGUCAAACGCCAUGUCUGCUGGAGAUGAUGUGGAAUGUGUUAGUCCUGAGGACUCUAAAUCUCAGAAUCUCAUGGAAGCUGAUGGAUCAACAAACAGAGCAUGCUCUGUUGGUGGUUUCGUUGAAGGCAUGUCUGAUCAUUUUCCUGUGAAAAUCCCAACUAACCUGGUGGAUGGCGCGAAUGCUUCUGUCAUGGAGAGACUAUCUAUCCUGAGACAGAGAGAUGAUGGUUUUGCCUCUGUGAAUAUUGAGCCGAGGCCAAAGGAGGCUGCUUGUCUUGGCUCCUUUUUGAAGAAAGAUUAUUUUUCGGGCUCGGCAGAGAAAACCGAUGUGCCGAGUUUCGGUAAUUCUCCUGCCUUUCCACAUCAGACUGCAAAUCCUGCUGAAGAAAUGUCAACCUGGAAGGAUGUACGUGCAAUUCUCGAAGAUGAUGAAGCACCCCAAUCUCAGUGCAUUGGUGGUUCCUCGAACUUGAAUCUUGCAAGGCGCUCGGAUAGUUCUCAUUCAUCAUCUGACUGGGAGGUGUGUGGUGAAGGAGAUUUGUCAGCGGAAGUAUGAAGUCUCCAAGUUCAGGGAGCAAUGGCCACUUAGGGGUGAAGGCUCAGACUCUCCUUUAGCCAUCAAUGAUCUCGCCAAGGUUGUUCAUCCAUGUUAACCAGGAUCCUCCGGAAACUUGCGGUUUCGCUUGAAUAAGAUUAACGUUUGAUA